AAAAAGAUGAAAAUUGCAAUGAUUUGCAUUUGAAAUGGUUAAAGUGCUGAGUCGUGUUAAAUCAAAGUAGAUAUCUUUAUCUAUACAAAAAUAUAUAGAGAGAUCCAAAAUUGUUUAUAAAUCGUGCGCGCGAUAUUCCUCGAAAUCACGCGUGCUAUAAUAUAAAUCGGCAUCGCAUCGAGCGAUGGCUUCACGUAAGCUGCAUAUGGAUAGGCAGCCCACAGCUGCACGCAUAACAGAUCCAUCUUUACCAGCUGGUAAGCGUCGUGAAAUCGAUAACGUCAUGAAGAAGGCACGAGCCAAUACCACCAAUGAUUAUUGGGACAAGAAACUUAUUGAAGCCGAGGAAAAGGAUCCAAAUCGUUGGCGUCACACUGGCUACAAGAAAAUGUAUAUACAAGGCGAAAGCAGUUCUGGCGAAUCGGAACGCGAUGGACGCGAUGCGGGAGCACCAAGUUAUGGCAGUGCCAGUCGUUAUCCACCACCGCCGGGAGGUGGAGGGGGAGGCGUUGGAGGACCAUCGCAGGGUUCAGUUUCAUCGGCGCGUUAUGGACGCUCACGCUCCCCCCACUCGCGUAGUCGCUCCCGUUUGCGUAAAUCGCCGCCAUUGUCACCGCCACCGCGUCGUCGUUCGCCACAAAUGCCCAUGCCGAUGCAUGGAGGACGUGGACCGCGUUCACCACGAUCACCCAACGAGAUGAUGCGUCGUCCGGGCAAUGGGCAUGGCCAUGGUGGCGUCCACGGUGGACGUCCACGUUCGCCGCCAGAGCCAAAUAGUCGUGGCGGUGCCCGUAAGCCAACAAAUCCGUCGCGUUCACCCUUGGGUCGUCGUCGAUCACCGCCGCCAUUGCCGCCGUCGGACAAGCGCGGUUUGCCACCGGGUGCACAUAUAUUACCGCGUUCUAAGCGUCCACCCUCGCCACCACCAAGGCAUUCUAUGCGUUCGCGUUCAAAUAGCUCGAUGAGCAGCAGUUCGGAUGAUUCCUGUUCUCUGUGCUCGCCCAGUCAUCAUCAUAGAUCUCGUUCCCGCGGUCCGCGUUCACCGCCGCCGAAACCGCGUGGCCAUUAUCGUUCUGGGGCACCGCCAUUGCCGCCCCCGGAAUCCCAUGGCCGUGUCCAUGGACGUCCAACAACUCCGCCAACAGUUGAUAAAUAUCGCGAGGCCAAAAUGCGCCAUUUGGGUCAUGAGAAUGAUGGUCAUAAUAUGAAAAUUGGCCGUUCGUCACGUCAUUCACCGCCGCCAGAGGAUCCGCGUCUUAAGCAUCGUCCCCCAGAGCCACCAGAGCCGGCCACGGGUGGUUCAGGUCCACCAUCAACAACAGCAGCAGCAGCUGCUGCCCAACAGGCCAAGAAAAAGAAAAAAGAAAAGGAGGUGCGACCGCGAAUCAAAAUUGAAGGUGAGAAACGCAAAAAGCCUACAAAUGCCGGCGGCAAUGGGGCCAAUUCCUCAUCAGAUUCAGAUGAUUCGGGUGGCUCGGAUAGCGAUAGUGAGGUGGCAACCAAUUCAUUGCCCACAUUUUCGGCAACAACGCGUCUAACACUGUCGGAACGUUUCGGCAAAAUGGCCCAAUGGAGUAAAAUGGCUGAUCGCAGUAAUAUGGAAAAUAUGCGCAUCACCAAAGAUUCCGCCGGCGGGGCAUUAAAAGUGAUGAUCGAGGAGGGUCUUGAAUCGCCGCCGCGUCGUUAUUCGUAUUCACCAGCACCGGCUGGUCAUUUCCCGGAAGAGUUGGCAACCACAGCGCCGUCGGGUAUGCUAUCGUGGGAUGAUGUACGCGUUCGUUAUGAAUACUACAAGAGUCGUGGUUAUCUAAGGGAUCUGGAUUUAAAGGACUAUAUCAAAUGGGAAGAAUGGUGGUAUAAAUAUCAAGAGUGGUUGAAACAAGAACGUUAUUAUGAGUACUGGGAUCUGCGAUCGCGACGGCGUCGCAAGAAGCUGCCAGUCACUCAACGUUUGAACUGAACACACCCAUACAAGAAGAGGGAGUGAAUAGCUAGCAAUUAUGUGGCAUCAUUCUAAUGGACAUAUUUUUUUCUUCCCACUUUCAUCUGUUCCCACUAAACAACUCAUUCCCAUACUUUUGUUUUUAAUUUUUUUAUCUUUCAUUUUGUGUUUUAACUUCAUUUAAUCAUCUUCACCUUUACCUCGCCUUAUCCCUAUUAUUAUUCACUUUUACUCCCUUUUUGGCCUUCAUUUUGUACAUUGAAAAUGUAUGAAUAAGGAAUUUUUUGCAUUUCAUUGUUUGCUUUUGUAUCUAACCAUUUUUUGAUAAACAAGAUCUAAAGUGUUUAUAUAUAUAUAUAUAUACAUAUAUAUCUAUUGUGUAAUCGGUGAGAAACGAAGAGAAGAGAAAAGUAAAAAUGGGGGGGUUUCAUUAAAGACAUUUUUGUAAACGCUUCAAUUAUCCUCCCCGCACAUUUACACUAAUAAAAAUGGAAAAUAAAAUACAAAAUUAGUAAAAAACUUGA